UGUUAUCCAGUGAAAUGUGAAAUGAGUUAUUUAGCAGCAGGUUUGAACACUCACAGUAAGGAAAAUAUGGGCUAGUUUGAUCGUGCUUUUAUUUUGAAGGCAUCCACAGGUGGGUGGGGGUGUCCUGUCCUCAGAGGCUCAGUGGGACUAUAUAAACCAGAUGUGUCCAGCUGUGACUGUAUGUGAGAGUGAUGGAGCGACCGGGAAGGACCGGGAGGGACCGGCUCUGACUGACCCGGAGCAGCAUGCGGGACCCGCGGAGCUGGACCCCCGGGUUCGGCCCUGCGGAGCGCGGGAAACCGGCCACCUACACCGGGGAGAAGAAGGCCAAGUGGGUCGCCAAGUCCAACAAGAAGUGGGUGAGACUGGCCACGGUGGUGGUCUACGUCCUGUCCGUGUCUCUGGCUGCUGUCAUCCUGGCGGUCUACUACAGCCUCAUCUGGAGACCGACCACCGGGACCGGGAUUGAUCACAUUACAGCUGCUCAGAGAAAUAAUCCAAAUAUAUCUAAAUUUGAUUCUUGCAGAAAUAAGACUCUAAACAUUCAAAUCAAAGUCAGCAAUAAUGAUUCAGUUCGAAUCUAUAAUCAAACAAUUAAAGCAGAAAACUUAAAGAAAACGUUACUAAAUCCUAAUAAAGCUGAUAGUACCGGGUCUCCCCGCUCCACCGGGGCAUCGGACCCUCCUCAGGCCGGGCAGGGCGCCUCUUCCUCGGCUCUGAGCACCGCAGAGCCUCCCGCUGUGACCGCGGAGGAUCCGUCCAACCUGCCGACCCACCGCGCUGCAGCAGUCCGGGAUCAGGAGGCUGAUGUCGGCUGGAUGGAGGCGGGCUCCUCCGGGUCCGGGACGGAGGACGGACCAGAGACUCUUAAAUGAAUAUAUCUCUGUGUUGUUCUGGAUGUUUAUUAAUCUGAUGAAACAUGAGAUUCAUGCUGACUGAAUCUCUUUAUAAUCACUUAACUCUUUAUUGAGUCUGUGUGUGAAGUGUUUGUGUUCAUAUCUGUAACAAGUUCAUAAGAUUAAAGAUUAAAGAAACACUGAUGUCUUUAUAUCCUCACCUCACACCAGAAAUAAAACAUGUAUUUAUGUAUUUAUUGGACUGUUUGUGUUUGAUUUAUUCUAUAUUCAGUGUGAAAUCAUCAGCUGAUUGUUUCCUGUCUUUAGUUUGAGACACAAACACUUAAAUCUGUUCUCAUCUCAUAAAAUCACCUUUAAAUUCACAGAAAGGGAUUCAUACUCU